AUGUCGGGAAUUUAUCAGUCAGUUAAGUCUUGUAUUUUUAAGACACCAUCAACAGAAAAAACAGAAGUGAUACGAAGUCCUGAUGAUAUUAAAGAAACAGAUGGAAAUUCAUCUUUAAUGGCUGACAAAAAGACUGAUGAAGUAAAUGAUCCUACCACUCAGCCUGGUAUAUUAUGGAGAAUGUCUAGUGGGGUGUAUAACACUGCAUCAGGAGCUGUUGGAAUGGGGGUAGGAGGGGUUAAAUGGGUAGCAGGCAAAACAUACGAUGCCGGAUCCGCAGUGUAUAGCAAAGCUCCAUCAAAUCCUUUACGGAAAAAGAAAGACAAGAAUGAAUGA